AAAAAAAAUUAUGAAAGCGGGCAGUGGCGGCUUCGGGUCUUCUUCUGCGUCCUGGCCUGGGUACGCUCGGUUCGUGAACGUCGAUUGUGUGACUCAAGCCUCUCGACUGUGACUCUUGGAUCCUUUACUGGCAUUCUUGUCUCAAGUGCUCUCCUAUAUCAAGGCCCAUACGCGGCUCGUCUUUGGACUCCAGACUUUGGACAGCUUUGUCAAUUCCAAUUCCAAUUCCAAAAAUUAUCACCCCUCCUUCCUCAUACCACCCCAGACCCCAUCGUGGUCUGCCCCGCAUUCAGUCAAGAUGGUGAUGCUCAAGGAUCCGUCGACCAAAUACAAGCCCUUCCCUGCGCUGAACCUCCCCGAUCGACAAUGGCCCUCGAAGACUAUCACCAAGCCCCCGCGCUGGCUGUCGACCGAUCUGCGCGACGGAAACCAGAGUCUGGUUGACCCCAUGAACGGCGAGGAGAAAUGGCGAUACUUCAAGAUGCUUACCGAUAUUGGCUACAAGGAGAUCGAGGUCUCCUUCCCCUCGGCUUCUCAGACCGACUUCGACUUCACUCGCCGCCUGAUCGAGACCCCCGGCGUCGUGCCCGACGAUGUCUGGCUGCAGGUCCUGGCGCCCUGUCGGGAGGACCUCAUCAAGCGCACCGUCGAGUCCGUUAAGGGUGCCAAGAAGGCUAUCAUCCACAUCUAUCUCGCCACUAGCGACUGCUUCCGGCGGGUCAUCUUCAACUUCUCCAAGGAGGAGACCCUGGAGUUGGCUGCGCGCUGCGCCAAGUAUGUCCGCUCCCUGACCAAGGACGACCCCGAGCAGCAGGGCACCGAGUGGGCGUUCGAGUUCAGCCCGGAGACCUUCUCCGACACAGACCCAGACUUCGCCCUCAAGGUCUGUGAGGCCGUCAAGGCCGCCUGGGAACCCACCGUCGAGAACCCCAUCAUCUUCAACCUCCCCGCCACCGUCGAGAUGUCCACCCCCAACAUCUUUGCCGACCAGAUCGAGUACUUCUGCCGCAACAUCACCGAGCGGGAGAAGAUUUCCGUUUCCGUGCAUUGCCACAAUGAUAGAGGCUCCGCAGUCAGCAGUUCCGAGUUGGCCCAGAUGGCUGGCGCCGACCGAGUCGAGGGCUGCCUGUUUGGAAACGGCGAGCGUACCGGCAACGUCGACCUGGUGACCCUGGGACUGAACCUGUACACACAGGGCAUCCACCCCAACAUUGACUUCUCCGACUUGCAGCGCAUUAUUGACACCGUCGAGGUGUGCAACAAGAUCCCCGUCCACCCCCGUGCUCCCUAUGGCGGCGCUCUGGUCGUGUGUGCCUUCAGCGGCUCUCACCAGGACGCCAUCAAGAAGGGUUUUCAGAUCCGGGAGAGCGACAAUCUCAAGUACGAGGACCGCUGGCAGGUGCCUUACCUCCCCCUGGACCCCGCAGAUAUCGGUCGUACUUACGAGGCCGUUAUCCGCGUCAACUCCCAGAGCGGCAAGGGUGGUGCUGCCUGGAUCAUUCUCCGCAAGCUUUCCCUGGACCUGCCCCGUGGCCUCCAGGUUGCUUUCUCACGUGUUGUUCAGACCAAGGCCGACGAGCUUGGCCGAGAGCUCUUGUCAAAUGAGAUCACCGACCUCUUUGAGCAGACUUACUUCCUGAAGGAGAACCCUCGCUUCACCCUCGUUGACUACAGCAUCACCCCUGAUCGUGCUGCGUCACCGGCUCCUCCCGCUCCUGGCAAGACCCAAGAUACCAAGAACCUCAAGCGGGUUUUUGACGGAGUAGUCUUGGUUGACGGCAAGGAAUAUAAGCUGCAUGGCCGUGGCAACGGCCCUAUUUCCAGUCUGGCCAACGCUCUCCGCAACGUUGGUGUGAAUCUGGACGUCCAAGACUACAAGGAGCACGCCAUUGGAAAGGGCCGCGAAGUUAAGGCUGCGACCUACAUCGAGUGUACGACAAACGAGGGCAAGCAGCGAGUCUGGGGUGUUGGCAUCCACGAGGAUGUUGUACAAAGCUCCCUGGUCGCUCUCCUGAGCGCUGCUACCAACUUUGCUGCCAGCCGCCCUGGCAGCCCUUUUAUCCGCCAGCCGUCGCCGGAAGCCGUGGAAGAGACACUGACGCUGAACGGAACCAACGGCAGCGCAAAUGUGCCUUCUACUGUGGUGAGCAUGUUGGAGGAGAAGGCGAAUGGCAUGUGAAGGCCAAUGGACAGGGUAUCAGUGGGGGGCAUUGCAGAUGGACAGG